ACAUCUAAUCUUCCAUACAAUAUUGAAACCAUAAUCAUGAGGGAAAUUUUCCAUGCUAUGCUUGUUCUAGCUGCUGUAUUGUUCUUUGGAGGUACAGAGUUCUGUGCUCGUCGAAACACGAGCUUUGGCUGUAUAGAAAGAGAGAGAGAAGCCCUCUUGAAGUUGAAACUUUGUUUCCAUGAUCCAUCACAUAUGUUGUCUUCUUGGAAAGGCAAUGACUAUUGUGAAUGGAGAGGAGAGGUUGUUUCGACUUUGCUCAAGCUGAAAUACUUGGAACACCUGGACUUGAGCGGAAACUACUUCAACAAAAGCCUUAUUCUGCACUCCUUUGGCUUGAUGAAGCAGCUAAGGUACCUAAAUCUCUCUAAUGCUCAUUUUAGAGGAAGAAUUCCUGGUGAACUUGGAAACCUUACGAGGCUUUGUGUUCUUGAUCUUGCUGACUAUUAUGGUGGAGCAUUGAAGGUUGAUGAUGACAUUCAGUGGAUUUCUCAUCUCUCCUUUCUGCAACAACUUGUUAUGAGUGGAGUAUAUUUAAGGCUUGCAUCAUUGAACUUGUUCAAGGUACUUGGCAUGCCUCCUUCGUUAUCAUGUAAAUCUAAUCCUCACAUCAUCAAACUUGUUCCAAGUACUUGGCAUGCUUCCUUUAGUGUCAUGGUUAAGUUUGUCAAGCUGUAGUCUCAAAAAUUCUGACCUACCAUCUAGUAGCCAUCCCUUUAAUUUACAUUUCUUGGCAAAAUUCAACACUUUGAUCUUUCACGAAACUCUUUUCAAGGUCCAAUAGCUAUUUUUCUCCAAAACAUGACUUCCUUGACAUUUCUUGAUCUUUCAAGGAACCAUUUUGGUGGUAAUAUUACAGAAGUAUUGUUGCUAUCAAUCUUAAGAAAUUUGUGUGGCUUAA